GUCCAGAGUGCCAUCAUAUCAGGUGGCAACGUAUAUCAGGUAUAGCGAAAAACAACAGCUACUAAACAUGCAACUUGUGUUUCUUCUGGUCUGUUUGUUUGUUAAACCAGGUAAGACCUCUCAUAUGUUCUACUGUAUAUUGGUUAAUAUUAAGUAUGUAUUGUAUUAGGGCAGAAUCCUAACUGGAGAUCUGCACCGUAACUAAAUGUUUUUUGCAUGUAUCCCUAUUUACAUAAUUUACGCAAAAGUUGAAGUUAAGUGCAUGGGAUCUCAAAUUAGGAUUUGGGCCUUUUAAUGAUUACAGUCAUCACAACAAAUGUAUUUGCUGUGUCACAGCAAAGAGAAAGACAACAUUUACAUUUACAUUUUAGUCAUUUAGCAGACGCUCUUAUCCAGAGCGACUUACAGGAGCAAUUAGGGUUAAGUGCCUUGCUCAAGGGCACAUCAACAGAUUUUUCACCUAGUCGGCUCGGGGAUUAGAACCAGCGACCUUUCGGUUACUGGCACAACGCUCUUAACCACUAAGCUACCCAUUAAAAUAUAAGUUGUGACACCAGUUGGUGAGUACAGUGUAGUUAAGGCUAAAAGAGUCAAUUUCGUACAGUAAGUGUUCCAUUUACAAUCGCCCACUCUAACCAUUGUCUCAUUGUCUCUUUUAGCAGCUUUUCUUCAGUCGAAGCGAAGGGUCGAAUUGAACUUCCUGAUUGGAGCUCCAGUCAUGCUUGUUGGUCAGAAAGUCCAAAUGCAUUGUAUGGGAUCAUUGGAUGAGAAGAAAUACAGCUGGUACCAUCUGAACCAAACCACAUCUAUGAACAUUGACAGUAACCUGACUCUACUUGUCACCACUGAGGACUCUGGAGAAUACAAGUGUUCAGGUUAUUACAAUGGAACAGUGUACUACAGUAAUGCUGUACACCUGACAGUAGUAGGUACAUGACUGGAAGUUAUUCUAAAUCAUAAAAGUCCCAUUAACUUCAUAGUUAUCAAGAAACAAAUAGUUAAUUUUCAUGGGAUGUUUGUGGAUGCUAGAAUAUGGGAUUGUGUUUAUCAACCUUUUCCACCCACUAAUUAUUUUCCCGUCCCAGCGGAACAUACACAGCCAACACCAAGGCAACCCCAAAUAGCUUCCCUGACUUUUGAGAGAAAACCCUACUUAUUUAGAGACACAAAGGGAUGGCAGGGACUGCAGUUAAAGCCACAUCUCCUGUUGGAAAACCACUAAGACGAGAGAAGCAUAGCAGGCAGGGAGUGAGUUGAACAGUUCAGCCAGGCUUCAUUCUUUUGACUGGUUUUCACCGGAGCAGAACAUAGCACAGUUAUGUGAGUGUUUAUAGUAACAGCCCCGUCCCCUGGCUAGGAUAAUGACCAAGCACUUCCACCCUUCUGCACCCCCCCCCCCCCCCCCCUCUAUUCUAUCCUUCUACAAUUUUCAUAUCCCCCUCUCCCUCUCCCACCCCCUCUAUCCAUCUACAAUAUACACCCCCCCCCCCCAAACCACAGUGUGUUCAUGGUGUGUCACAUGUAGUGCAGUCAGGCUAGAGGGGUAUGGAUAAUGUGGUUGAGGCUAAGUUUAUGGGGUCAAACUAUGGUUACGUUAAUUUUGAUUCAAAUAAGUGGGUGCUAUCUGGAACCUUAAUGGGUUCUUCGGCUGUCCCCAUAGAAUAACCCUUUUUGGUUUCAGGUACAACCCGUUUGGUUCCAGGAAUAAGUUUUUUGUGUUCCAUGUAGAACUCUUUCCAAAGAGGGUUCUACCUGGAACCCACAAGGGUUCUACCUGGAACCAAAAUGGGUUCUCCUAUAGGGACAGCCAAAGAACCCUUUGGAACCCUUUUCUAAGAGUUUAGUCUGGAUCUGUAAUUUGUGUGUAUAUUUCAGUACCACAAAGUAGUUAUCCAUGUCCCCUCCUAUCUCCCUAGAGAGACUCUCCAAUGUGUCUGUGUCAUCCACACCCAAGGACCUGGUAACCAUGGAGGGGCAGAGUGUCACCCUGUACUGUCAAGCCACCUCCCACCCUCCCUCUGUCGUCUGGAGCUGGAGCAGGUUGGAUGAGCAGGGUGGGUGGCAGGAAGUGGGCAUCGGGCGAGAGCUGACCCUGAGACUGGCAAGGGAGAGUGGGCAGUACUUUUGCCAGGCUCACAGCAAGAUCUUGGUCCUGACGCAGCAGCAACAAAGCCCCUUCCACACAGUCUGUAUCCUCUACUUCCCCAUGACUGGUAAUCUACUCAUCCAUCAUAACAUCCACCUUGUUUCUCAUAUGUUUCCAAUACAUUUAGCUUCCUCUCAGCUCAAGAUGGAAAACAGCUCAGUUUGAGGAAAUGAUGAACGAUAAUGAGAUUUGUUCCAUUAGUAGAGAAUUGCAGCUGAUGAGGAAGAUGUGUGGUAAUGGUGGUGUGAGAGUGACAAUGUACCAAAAUAAAAUAUAAUGUACUGGGAUGGUGCCUCUCACAUUAUCAUGUCAUUAUUCUGGCUUUAUAACAUUGGAUUGCAUUUAUCAAUAGUUGUAUGUUGUCGAACCCUACUAUUCAAUGUACACUACCAGUGGACACACCUACAUUGUAUGAAGACAUCAAAACUAUGAAAUAACACAAUUUGGAAUCAUGUAGUAACCAAAAAAGUGUUGAACAAAUCAAAAUAUAUUUUAUAUUUGAGAUUCUUCUAAAUAGCCACCCUUUGCCUUGAUGACAGCUUUGCACACUUGACAUUCUCUCAACCAGCUUCAUGAGGUACUCACCUGGAAUGCAUUUCAAUUAACAGGUGUGCCUUCUUAAAAGUUAAUUUGUGGAAUUUCUUUCCUUCUUAAUGCGUUUGAGCCAAUCAGUUGUGUAAGUGACAAGGAAGAUGGACCUAUUUGGUAAAAUACCAAGUGCAUAUUAUGGCAAGAACAGCUCAAAUAAGCAAAGAGAAAAGACAGUCCAUCAUUACUUCAAGACAUGAAGGUCAGUCAAUACGGAACAUUUCAAGAAGCAAAUAAAUGUUUCACAGAGUUCAAGUAACAGACAUAUCAGAACAUCAACUGUUCAGAGGAGACCGUGUGAAUCAGGCCUUCCUGGUCGAAUUGCUGCAAAUAAACCACUACUAAAGGACACCAAUAAGAAGAAGAGACUUGCUUGGGCCAAGAAACACGAGCAAUGGACAUUAGACCGGUGGAAAUGUGUCCUUUGGUCUGGAGUCCAAAUUUGAGAUUUUCGGUUCCAACCGCCCUGUCUUUGUGAGACGCGGUGUGGGUGAACGGAUGAUCUCCGCAUGUGUAUUUCCUACCGUAAAGCAUGGAGGAGGAGGCAUUAUGGUGUGGGGGUGCUUUGCUGGUGACACUGUCUGUGAUUUAUUUAGAAUUCAAGGCACACUUAACCAGCAUGGCUACCACAGCAUUCUGCAUCAAUACACCGUCAAAUCUGGUUUGGGCUUAGUGGGACUAUCAUUGGUUUCUCAACAGGACAAUGACCCAACACACCUCCAAGCUGUGUAAGGGCUAUUUUACCAAGAAGGAGAGUGAUGGAGUGCUGCAUCAGAUGACCUGGCCUCCACAAGAUGGUAUGGGAUGAGUCGGACCGCAGAGUGAAGGAAAAGCAGCCAACAAGUGCUCAGCAUAUGUGGGAACUUCAAGACUGUUUGAAAAGCAUUCCAGGUGAAGCUGGUUGAAAGAAUGCCAAGAGUGUGCAAAGCUGUCAUCAAGGCAGUAUCAAGGAUACUAAAAUAUAUUUUGAUUGGUUUAACACUUUUUUGGUUACUACAUGAUUCCAAAUGUGUUAUUUCAUCGUUUUGAUGUCUUCACUAUUAUUCAACAAUGUAGAAAAUAGUAAAAAUAAAGAAAAACCCUGGAAUGAGUAGGUGUCCAAACUUUUGACUGGUACUGUAUGUAUCAAUUUUUGAUGCACAGUAGUACUUUAUAGCAUAGGUUUGUAACGUUUUUGAUGUUAGUGUAAGCCUGUGGCACAUCAAUGUCAAUACAAUUCAAUUGAGUGCUCCUCUUCUUCCCUUAGGCAGUGUGUAUGCAGGAGUGGCAGGGUUGGUACUGGUUCUCCUUGCCUGGGUCUUACUGCUCUUGGUGCUGCUGUGGUUCUGGAGGCAGGCCAAAGAGAGGGCCGGUCAAGAGACCCUGGCCAUCAAUAGUGCACCGGCCAAAGGUGAGUGACACUGUCAAGUAUACUGCACCAUAUCAACAGUUCUGCCAAGUCUUCAGCUAUACUACAGAAUUAUAAUUGUAAUAUGAAGGCUACUGUAGUUACAGGAAGUAAUGGGUUGUUAUUUAGCCAACCCAAGUAGAGGCACCUGUGAUUCAAUCUAUGAUUCAAUUUGUAAAUGACCAAAAUAUAGGACUAUAGUAGGUUUCUGAAAAGCCUACAAUGUUCAUUCGUGCAUUGUGAGUGUUGGUUUAACAUACUGUGAUGUAUUUUCCAUGUACUUCCAGGAUUUACUGGACCUGCAAAACCACCAAAGUAAGAGUAUGAUGAAGAAUCAUAUCUGUGUGUUUUACAUGUGUCUUCCUGUGUAUGAGAUUAUAAUUAGCUGAUCACUAUGUUGAUCAUGUGUCUGCUGUCAUCCACUAGGGGGAGGAGUCAGCCCCAGGCCCAGGCUGGGGAUGAGGGAGAAAUCUACAUGAACUGUGGUGAAACCAACCAAGCCUACAGCGACCUGUGCCCCGCCUACAUGACAGGGGAUGAUACCUACGCUACCUUGGGCUGAUACCUACACCACCUUGGGAUGAUAUCUACACCACCUUGGGA